GUUCACAACGCUGUCACCUUCCUUAUGUGUGUGUGUGUGUGUGUGUGAGAGAGAAAGAGAAAGAGAGUGUGUGUGAAUGUGUGCUGGUAAAAGUGAUCUGGAUAAAUGAUCAGAGUUCGGUUUCACGCGUAAUUUAGAACUCGUGAGAGAAACUUCAGCAUGAAGCAGAAUAAAGACUCUGACUGUGCAGAAGAGCUGUCCCCUGAUCAGAACGGUCCAAUUCAGACCAUCUACAGCAGCAUCAGUCCAUCUGAGGAUGAGGCCAACAUCUCAACCUACUUCGACGAGAAGGUUCCCGUACCUGAUGAUGUCACACAGGUGUUUAGUUUUCGGAAGCUCUGGGCCUUCACCGGGCCGGGUUUCCUGAUGAGCAUCGCUUAUUUAGACCCGGGUAACAUCGAGUCGGACCUUCAGUCCGGCGCUGUAGCCGGGUUUAAGCUCCUCUGGGUGCUGCUCGGUGCCACCAUCAUCGGUCUGCUGCUGCAGCGUCUCGCAGCUCGGCUCGGCGUCGUUACAGGGAUGCAUUUAGCUGAAAUGUGCCACCGACAGUACCCCACUGUUCCUCGGAUCAUCCUGUGGCUGAUGAUCGAGCUCGCCAUCAUCGGCUCAGACAUGCAGGAAGUGAUCGGCUGUGCCAUUGCCCUCAACCUGCUGUCUGUGGGCCGGAUCCCCCUGUGGGCCGGCGUGCUCAUCACCAUCAUUGACACGUUUGUUUUCCUGUUUCUGGAUAAAUACGGUUUGCGUAAACUGGAAGCAUUCUUUGGUUUCCUCAUCACCAUUAUGGCAGUCACCUUCGGCUACGAGUACAUACGGGUGGCUCCGGACCAGGGCGCGCUGUUGAAGGGGAUGUUCGUGCCGUACUGUCAGGGCUGUGGUGCGCCGCAGUUAGAGCAGGCGGUCGGGAUCGUCGGGGCCGUUAUAAUGCCUCAUAACAUCUACUUGCACUCUGCCCUCGUUAAGUCGCGGGAGGUGAACCGCGCAAACAAGAAGGAGGUGAAGGAGGCGAAUAAGUAUUUCUUUAUAGAGUCCUGCAUCGCGCUCUUCAUCUCCUUCCUCAUCAACGUGUUUGUGGUGGCUGUGUUCGCCGAGGCCUUCUACAACAAAACCAACAUGGAAGUGAAUGAGCAGUGUAAUCAGACUGGUAUACAUACAGACCUGUUUCCACCCAACAACCACACACUGGAAGUCGAUAUCUACAAAGGGGGUGUGGUCCUGGGCUGUUUCUUUGGGCCUGCAGCGCUGUAUAUCUGGGCGGUGGGGAUCCUGGCAGCGGGUCAGAGCUCCACCAUGACGGGAACCUAUUCCGGCCAGUUUGUCAUGGAGGGGUUCCUGAAUCUGCGCUGGUCUCGGUUUGCGCGUGUGUUGUUAACACGGUCCAUUGCGAUCUUCCCCACGCUGCUUGUGGCGAUUUUCCAGGAUGUCACACACUUAACUGGCAUGAAUGAUUUCCUUAAUGUACUGCAGAGUAUGCAGCUCCCGUUCGCGCUGAUCCCCAUACUGACCUUCACCAGCCUUACCUCCAUCAUGAAUGACUUCGCCAACGGCCUGUUCUGGAAGAUUGGAGGUGGUCUCACCAUCCUGCUGGUGUGUGCGAUUAAUCUGUACUUUGUGGUGGUGUAUGUGACGGCUCUGAACAGCGUGCUGCUCUAUGUUUUUGCUGCUCUGCUCUCCGUCGCUUAUCUCUGCUUCGUUGUUUACCUGGCGUGGCACUGUCUGAUCGCUCUGGGUGUGUCCUGUCUGGGCAUGUGCGGCAGGGUUGUGCAGAGCCACAUGGACACGUACCUGCUGAACACCCUGGACACAGACCUGGAUCGAUAACACACACACACUUAUUUGGUUUUAUUAUUAUUAUUAUUUUAUUUUAUUUUAUUUUAUUUUUAAUUAUUAUUGUUGUAGUGAGUAAAGUGAACAGCCUGGCUUGAACACUGGACUUCCUCUUUCUGUAGUGUACACUACUUACCAAGGUUUUGUCCUCUGCAACAAGCCGUGUAAUGUUUAGCAUGUUAGCAUUCGCAGCUAAACUUCCUGUAUAUUCUGUUACAGUUGAUUAAUGCGUUUACAUACAGCCAAUAGGAGCACAGUAUGUACAAACCCUGAAAUACUGGGCAUUGUUAAUGUUUUAUUAUGAUAAACCCCUGAGCUCCAUCCACUUGUGUGACGUGAACGCUGAGAGAUGAGCGCUGCAGUUAUUUAUUUAAAGCGAACAGGAACAUAUUAAACUUGGAGCUCUGAACUAAAGUCUAUAAAGGACUAAAGGAUUGUAUUAAAAAAACACUUACAGGAGAGCAGUUCUACAUGUUUUAUAAACGCCACACACUCCUGAGAGAGAUGUUAGAGGAGGACCGUCUACGCUGUGAAAGGGUUCCUCCUCAGAGCGGUUUUACUCGUCCUGGACCAACUUUAACA